AUGAAGUUUCGCUCACGAUCCAUCCCAGCCGUGGGCAAUGGCCUGACCAAUAUGUCCGCCCAGCGGAGUGGAACACAUCUGCCUAUGCUCCAUCUCGACGACAAUAUGCGCAACAAUCUAGUUGCCGUGCUGGGCGAGUUCGUCGGCACGUUUCUCUUUCUGUUCUGGUCCUUUGCCGGAACCCAGAUUUCCAACACACCUAAGCCUCCGGAUGGAUCUCCUCCAAAUACUUCCAACCUGCUUUUUGCGGCCUUGGCGUUUGGCUUCUCAUUGACGGUCAAUGUGUGGGCCUUUUUUCGCAUCACGGGUGGAUUGUUCAAUCCUUCGGUGACUCUUGCCCUCUUCCUCGUUGGAGGAUUGCCUGCCCUGCGAAGUGGACUGGUCUUCCUCGCUCAGAUAGUUGGAGGCCUCAGCGCUGCUGCUGUUGUAUCGUGCCUCUUUCCCGGCGACCUCAAUGUUGAAACCACUCUCGGUGGAGGAACAUCUAUAUCGCAAGGACUUUUCAUCGAAAUGUUCUUGACCGCCCAACUGAUCUUCGUUAUUAUUAUGCUCGCCGUUGUCAAGCACAAGUCCACAUUUUUGGCGCCAGUUGGAAUCGGCCUGACAUUCUUCCUUGCAGAGCUCUGCGGUAUCUACUUCACUGGUGGAUCUCUCAACUUCGCACGCUCCCUUGGUCCUGCAGUUGUGAAUCAUAACUUUCCGGGAUACUUCUGGAUUUACUUCGUCGGUCCGCUCCUUGGCUCUCUUCUGGCAUGUAGCUUCUACACAUUGAUGAACAGCAUGCGCUAUCAAACCUGCAACCCCGGUCAAGACUUCAACGAGGUGGAAGCGCAGAGCGGGAAGGACUUGUUACUUCCUGAAAAGAGCCGCAAACUAGAGAGCCCGAUGCGAGCUCCUCAUCACCGACAAAAUUUAUCCGAAGCUACUACUGUGAAUAAUGACCAUGUUGGUAAUUAA